AUGUCGACCUUCACACUCAACUCGCCCAGCGUUCCCGUCACCCUGCCUGAUGGCUUGUCUGAGGAGACUCUCCUGGCAUUCUUUCCCUUCAAUAACUGGGUCCGAACCCUCACACGCUCGCUAGCGCUGCAGUCGCGCUCCUCUCAUCCUUUCAAUGCGGACCCGUAUGAACUGCGCAGAAUCACCGUCCAGGCCUACGACCUGUUCGAUGCUGGACGGGUGGGCUUCUUGAAAAUGAAGGCAGACGUAUCCAAUAAAGCAGGUGAGAGGUUACCAGGCAGUAUAUUCCUGCGAGGCCCGAGCGUCGCCAUGCUGGUCAUUCUCAUCCCGGAAGACGUCGAACCUGGGAACGAGUCGGAGACAGACGAGCGACAUGUCAUCCUCACCGUCCAAGCUCGCAUACCGGCAGGUAGCCUCGAGUUCGUUGAGCUGCCUGCUGGCAUGGUGGACGACGACGGCACCUUUGCCGGCACAGCUGCCAAAGAAAUCAAGGAGGAGUUGGGUCUCGAGUUGCAGUCUUCGGAAUUGAUUUGCAUGAGCGAUUUGGUGGUAGAAGAGGCGAGCAUCAAGGGUGACGAGGACUUGCCCAAUGCCAUGUACCCGUCGGUGGGUGGAUGCGACGAGUUCAUCCCCAUUUAUAUGCACGAGCGUCGCGUACCAAGAGAGCAGUUGAAAGAGUGGACGGGCAAUCUUACUGGGAUGAGAGAUCAUGGGGAGAAGAUCACGCUCAAGCUGGUCAAGAUGAAGGAUCUAUGGAAGGAGGGCAAACGAGACGCUAAGUGCUUGGCUGCGCUUGCUCUUUGGGAGGGGUUGAAGCGAGAGGGUAAGCUGUGA